UCUACUACAGGCAGCGAUAGCUGAUACGUCAUCGUCGUUGGUUAAUGGUUAUGUUUGUCGGCGUGUGUGCAGUGUGUUGCUGCUCGUCAUCAUCCCACUGCUAGACCAGCGUCUAUACCAUAAUACAGGAACAUACAAGAAGAAGAAAAAACGAGUAAGGACAACCAUUUCUUAGGUACGGCACACACGGCAGUCGUCACUCCGUAUCGUUCAUUCAGUAAUCAGUACACGGCAAUAACGGUUAUUAUUAUUGUCAUUAAAACUUAUUACUUAUUACAUAUUAUUAUUAUUAUUAAUAUUAUUUUUAUUAAAUUGUAAAUUCGUACAGAUAACAAAUGAUGCCGAAUAGGUACACAGAGAGACCCGGCUCGUUAACGGGUUUUCGAAUUUCGUUAUAAAUUAUAAUUUUUUAAUUUUUUUUUUAAAUUUAUUUAUUUCAAAAAAGUUCUUUUUUUAAAUUUAUUAACAAUUUUUGUAUUAAAUUUAAUUUUUCCUGCCGAGUGCCGUGUACGAGACGUAAGCGUGUGAAUAGUUUUUGUGACGUUAUCUACCACAACUGUCGCAACAAUGGACAUGGAUUUAGACAGAUCGGAUCCGUUCAUGAAAUACCUAGCUGUUGAUCGCAACAAGCUCAACGAUCAACCCACACAAGCCGAAUGGACUCAAAAACGCUUGGUGUGGGUGCCUCACGAAACGCAGGGUUUUGUGGCAGCCGGUAUCAAAGGCGAACGUGGUGAUGAAGUUGAAGUAGAAAUCGCGGAGACUGGCAAACGUGUAUUGGUCGACAAAGAUUCUAUCCAAAAAAUGAACCCUCCUAAGUUCGAUAAAAGUGAAGACAUGGCAGAGUUGACUUGCCUCAACGAAGCUUGCGUUCUUCAUAAUAUUAAAGACCGAUACUAUUCUGGAUUAAUUUAUACUUAUUCUGGUCUGUUUUGUGUGGUCGUCAAUCCGUACAAGAGGUUACCAAUCUACACCGAAGACAUUAUGGAGAGAUACAAAGGCAGCAAGCGACACGAAGUACCUCCCCACGUAUUCGCAGUUACUGACACCGCUUAUCGGUCAAUGUUACAAGACCGAGAAGAUCAAUCUAUACUGUGUACCGGAGAGUCGGGCGCCGGCAAGACCGAGAACACGAAAAAAGUAAUACAAUACCUAGCGUACGUGGCGGCUUCCAAACCCAAAGGAAUGAUUCAACACGCCUCGCCCGGUCCUGCUUUAAUCGUUGGCGAACUUGAACAACAGUUGUUGCAAGCUAAUCCAAUUUUGGAAGCUUUUGGAAAUGCUAAAACUGUUAAAAACGACAAUUCUUCCAGAUUUGGUAAAUUUAUCCGUAUUAAUUUUGACGCGUCCGGUUUCAUUGCUGGCGCUAAUAUUGAAACAUACUUGUUGGAAAAAUCCAGAGCCAUACGACAGGCUAAAGAUGAACGUACAUUCCAUAUCUUUUACCAAUUGCUUAGUGGUGCAACGACUGAACAAAAAAAGGAAUUUAUUCUUGAAGAUCCUAAGACUUACAACUUUCUUACAAACGGCAACCUACCUGUGCCUGGUGUUGAUGAUGCUGCUGAGUAUAAAGAGACCGUUAAUGCUAUGAAUAUCAUGGGAAUGACCACUGAAGAUUAUUCUGCCAUAUUCCGAAUUGUAAGUGCUGUCAUGUUAUUUGGAAACAUGCAGUUUAAACAAGAGCGUAACAGCGACCAAGCAACUUUACCCGACAACACUGUAGCACAAAAAGUGGCUCAUUUGUUGGGUUUGUCUAUCACUGAGAUGACCAAAGCUUUUCUCAAACCUCGUAUUAAAGUUGGUAGAGAUUAUGUAGUCAAAGCUCAAACUAAAGAACAAGUUGAAUUUGCCGUGGAAGCUAUUUCUAAAGCAUGUUAUGAACGUAUGUUCCGUUGGCUUGUACAUCGCAUUAAUCGUUCUUUGGAUCGUUCAAAGAGACAGGGUGCUUCAUUUAUUGGUAUUUUGGAUAUGGCUGGUUUUGAAAUCUUUGAAUUGAACUCAUUUGAGCAAUUGUGCAUAAAUUACACCAAUGAAAAAUUACAACAGCUUUUCAACCAUACUAUGUUUAUUUUGGAACAAGAAGAGUACCAAAGAGAAGGUAUUGAAUGGAAAUUCAUUGAUUUUGGGUUAGAUCUUCAACCGACUAUCGAUUUAAUUGACAAACCAAUGGGAAUUAUGGCUUUAUUGGAUGAAGAAUGUUGGUUCCCAAAAGCUACAGACAAAUCUUUUGUAGAAAAGCUAAUGUCUGCUCAAGGUGUCCAUCCGAAGUUUAUGAAAACUGAUUUUAGAGGCGUCGCUGAUUUUUCAAUAAUACAUUAUGCCGGUAAAGUCGAUUAUUCUGCUCGCAAAUGGUUGAUGAAGAACAUGGACCCAUUGAACGAAAACAUUGUACAACUUCUCCAAACUUCUCAAGAUCCGUUUGUUGCCCACAUUUGGAAAGAUGCUGAAAUCGUUGGCAUCGCUCAUCAAGCUCUUAGCGACACACAAUUUGGAGCACGCACCAGGAAAGGAAUGUUCCGCACAGUGUCGCAAUUAUACAAAGAACAAUUGAACAAACUCAUGGUUACUUUGAGAAACACAAACCCCAAUUUUGUGAGGUGUAUUAUUCCAAAUCAUGAAAAACGAGCAGGUAAAAUCGAGGCGCAACUAGUGUUAGACCAAUUGCGAUGCAAUGGAGUGUUAGAAGGUAUAAGAAUUUGCAGACAAGGAUUCCCCAAUCGUAUUCCUUUCCAGGAGUUCAGGCAACGAUAUGAGUUGCUCACUUCAAAUGCUAUACCUAAAGGUUUUAUGGACGGUAAAAAAGCAUGUGAAAAAAUGAUAAAAUCCCUUGAACUCGAUUCAAACCUCUACAGAGUCGGACAGUCAAAAAUAUUCUUUAGAGCAGGUGUCCUAGCUCAUUUGGAAGAAGAGCGCGACUUCAAAAUUUCUGACCUUAUUGUUAAUUUCCAAGCUUUCUGCAGAGGAUAUUUAGCACGAAGAAACUAUCAAAAACGUUUACAACAGUUGAACGCCAUUCGUAUCAUACAACGUAAUUGUUCUGCAUAUUUAAAACUCAGAAAUUGGCAAUGGUGGAGAUUGUACACAAAAGUAAAGCCAUUGUUGGAAGUUACCAAACAAGAAGAAGUUUUAUCAGUCAAGGAAGAAGAAUUAAAGGCGGUCAAAGAAAAGUUGGAAACCCAACAACGUGGGGUCGUUGAACUUGAGAAAAAAUACCAAACAGCAGUUGAUGAGAAAAACGCUUUGGCUGAACAACUGCAAGCCGAAGUAGAAUUGUGCGCUGAAGCUGAAGAAAUGAGAGCAAGGCUGGCUGCUAGAAAAUCAGAACUGGAAGACAUAUUACAUGAUUUGGAAGCUAGAAUUGAAGAGGAAGAAGAAAGAUCUAGCUUGUUAUCUCAAGAAAAAAAGAAAUUACAACUUAACAUAAGUGAUUUAGAAGAGCAGUUAGAGGAAGAAGAAGGUGCUCGUCAGAAACUUCAAUUGGAACGAGUACAAACUGAUGCUAAACUCAAGAAAUUGGAAGAAGAUCUUGCACUGGCAGAAGAUACCAAUGUUAAACAAGCAAAAGAAAAGAAGGUUUUGGAAGAAAGAGCUGCCGAUUUAGCUCAAACUCUGGCCGAAGAAGAAGAGAAAGCUAAACAUUUAGCCAAGCUUAAAGCUAAACACGAGUCAUCUAUUGCAGAACUCGAAGAGCGUCUGUUAAAAGACAAUCAACAACGACAAGAAAUGGAUCGUACCAAGAGGAAAGUUGAAACAGAGGUUAAUGAUUUGAAAGAGCAACUGAACGAAAAGAAAGCUCAAGUAGAAGAUCUACAGCUUCAAUUGGGAAAACGAGAAGAAGAAUUAACACAAGCGUUCAUGAGAAUAGAUGAGGAAGCUGCCAGCAAAGCUCAAUCCCAAAAAGCGCUUAGAGAACUGGAAUCUCAACUUGGGGAGCUCCAAGAAGACCUCGAAGCCGAACGUACAGCUAGGAGUAAAGCAGAAAAACAAAAACGUGAUUUGAAUGAAGAACUUGAAGCUUUGAAACACGAGCUUUUGGAUUCUUUGGAUAUUACUGCUGCACAACAUGAACUAAGAGCUAAGCGUGAACAAGAGUUGGCUACUUUAAAGAAAUCAUUGGAAGAGGACACCCAGUCGCAUGAAAUUAUUAUUACUGAAAUGAGACACAAACAUAGUCAAGAGAUAUCUGUUAUAAACGAACAAAUAGAAUCAUUAAAAAAAUCAAAAAGUCAAUUAGAAAAGACCAAACAGACACUCGAAGCUGAAAAUGCCGAUCUCGCUGCUGAACUUAAAACGUCUGUUUCUUCUAAAUCCGAAUUGGAAAGAAAACGCAAAAUUGCCGAAUCUCAACUUAGUGAAACCCAAAGUAAACUUGCCGAGUCCGAGCGAUCUAAAAAUGAAUUGCUCGACAGAUUGUCCAAAAUCAGUAAUGAGUCUGAGUCAAUUGUUAAUCAACUGGAAGCUGCAGAGCUCAAAGCUUCAGCCGCAGAAAAAGCUGCUGGUACAAUGGAAACACAACUACAGGAAACUCAGACACUUCUCGAAGAAGAAACUAAAUUAAAAUUGUCACUUAACUCGAAACUGAAACAAAUUGAAAGCGAAAAAGAAACUUUGCAAGAACAAUUAGAAGAAGAAGAAGAGUCCAAAAAAAAUAUGGAAAAACAAAUCGUAGCCCUCAAUUUGCUUAUUACUGAAACUCGAAAGAAAAUGGAGGAAGAAGCUGAGCAAAGCGCAGUCAUAGAAGCUUCAUACAAAAAAGUCAUCAAGGAUGUUGAAGUGCUGCAAAGACUAAUUGAGGAACUGCAAGCCACCAAUGAUAAAUUAGAAAAAUCUAAAAAGAAAUUACAAUCUGAGUUGGAUGACAUAAACAUUGAUUUGGAAGCACAAAGGUCUAAAGUCAUUGAGCUAGAGAAGAAACAAAGAAUAUUUGACAAGACUCUCGCUGAAGAAAAGGCCGUCUCGGAACAAAUGGUCAUUGAACGCGAUACGGCUGAACGUGAAGCUCGAGAAAAAGAAACACGCGUUCUUUCCCUUACCAGAGAAUUGGAUGAACUAAUGGUUAAAGUAGAAGAACUGGAAAGAGGCAAAAGAACUUUGCAAAACGAGUUGGAUGAACUGAUCAAUAACCAAGGAACAGCCGACAAAAACGUGCACGAAUUAGAAAAAGCCAAGAGAAUAUUAGAAUCACAACUUGCUGAAAUACGCAUACAAAAUGAAGAUUUGGAAGACGAGCUGCAAAUAACCGAAGAUGCUAAACUCAGACUGGAAGUGAACAUGCAAGCAUUACGAGCCCAAUUUGAACGAGACUUAGUUGCUAAAGAGGAACAGAGCGAAGAAAAGCGCCGAGGUCUCCUGAAACAAAUUCGUGACAUUGAAGCUGAACUAGAAGACGAGAGAAAACAGAGAGCUUCCGCUGUUGCUGGUCGCAAGAAAAUCGAAGCCGACUACAAAGAUAUGGAACAACAACUGGACAUGCACAAUAAACUUAAAGAAGAUGCUUUGAAACAAUUAAAGAAAUUACAGGCUCAGUUGAAGGACGCUACUCGUGACGCCGAAGAAGCCAGAACAUCUCGAGAUGAACUUUCAGCAACUGCUAAAGAAACUGAACGUAAAUUGAAGUCAGUGGAAGCUGAAUUAUUGUUGUUGACUGAAGAGCUGUCUGCAUCGGAACGAGCCAGACGUGUUGCUGAAAGCGAACGUGACGAUUUAUUGGAAGAUAUGAACAGCAAUUCAAACAAAGGCACGCUGAUGGUCGACGAGAAACGUCGUUUGGAAGCUAGAAUUUCAGCUUUGGAAGAAGAACUCGAAGAAGAACAAACUAACUCAGAAGUUUUAAGUGAACGCAGCAGAAAAGCAUUGAUACAAAUGGAACAGCUAAAUUCAGAUUUGGCAAAUGAGCGAUCAUCGACCCAAAAAUUAGAGACCACUAGAAUGUUGUUAGAAAGGCAGAACAAAGAACUCAAAACCAAGUUAACAGAAAUAGAAACUAAUCAACGAGUCAAAACGAAGGCAGCUAUCUCCAACUUGGAGUCUAAAAUUGUUAACCUCGAAGAACAAUUGGAAUCUGAAGCCAAGGAAAGACAAUUGCAACAAAAGGCUAACCGUAAACUCGAGAAAAAGAUGAAAGAAAUUAUCAUGCAACUAGAAGACGAGAGAAGAACAGUUGAUCAAUAUAAAGAACAAGUUGAAAAGAGCAAUGCUAGAGUUAAGACCCUCAAGAGACAGAUUGAGGAAGCAGAAGAAGAGAUUAGUCGCGAAAAGCAUGCCAAGCGUAAGAUCCAACGAGACUUAGAUGAACUGCUGGAAUCCAACGAGUCUAUUUCUCGAGAAAAUAACAAUUUGAAGAGUAAACUCAGGCGUACCGGUGUUACCACAACAUCUAGAAUAGGAACUGCCGGUAGUAAACGUGGUUCAACAAUCGACGACUUAUCAGUCGUACACAGCUCACUAGAUGACUCGUUGGAAUCAAAUAAUGGAUCAAAUGAUACAAAUUCACUUGGUCCGUGAUUUAAAAUUAAUCAGUUCGAGUUGUGAUCAAUAGCUCAAUGAUAUGAACCAAACAUUUUUUUUAAUGAUUUUUUUUUUAAAUUAUUAUUUAUAUUUUUUUAAACGCUAACUUUUUGUGGCUGAGAUACAAUACUUGAAACAUUGUACUUAAUCAAUAGAAAAAAAUACUUUGAAAAUUUUAACGAUAACCGACCAUAUAGUUUUACAUGUAAUUAAACAAUUUUGUUUAAUUACUAAAUAAAAAAUAAUUAACGGUAUCAAA